AUGACGGUCACUGUGUGUGCCUGGGCACCUCAAGUUCAGCGAGCUCGGAGGGCGUUACAAGGCUUCCUGCAGCAGCUGGUGUGCGAUGUCACCCAUUUGGUCGACCUGAGCAAGGAGUGGAAUAUGACUGUAACGAUACACUUCGAAGGGUGGCCCAGCCGCAUCCCGCUCAUGUCUGAACCGAUAUGCCUGAUCUGUAAGGAUCCUCGCACCUGCGACCGCGUCUUGACGUUAGUGUCCGGCGCCGUCUACAAGAUAUCCUUUCUGUGCAAGGACUUGUCUCGUCUGAGGAUCACAGCUGAAAAAGGCAUAAGCUGUGUCGAUCUUCGGUGGUGUCAGAGGAAGAUCUAUUCCCUGUUGGUGCCCAAGGCUAUUACCCAAUUGCCGAUUCGACUGCAUAAAUUUAUUUGGAAGCUCUUGGCUCCUGAUCUGAUCAACAUAGAAAUUACUUCUCCGUCCUUGAAACUUCAGCAACAUGUCCCAGAGCAGAGGUGCAACACAAGCUACAGUUACAGCAUUGUUAGUGCCACCCCAGAGACGGAGUUGAAUGUUGGUGUAUUCUGUCCUGGUGGAUCCAUUGAAAAGAUUCAGAUGAGGAAUAAUAUCACCAUAUCCUUAAAAACAUUUGGUAAAGGAUUCCUCAAUGAGUCUAACCAUCAGGAUCUGAAAAUGUCUUUUGUGCCACAUAUUAAAGAUGAGUGCACUUUCACUGUGAGUCCAAAUCCAAAAGCUAAAGUUUACUUGCAGACUCCCAACUGGCCAUAUGGUCUACCUCCUUAUGUCUCCAUAUCCUGGUAUGUCGUUGUGCCCAGCAAGCAGGUUGCCCACCUAGGGUUCUCCAAGGACCGCAUGGGCAUCGCUUGUGAAACGGGCCGUGCCUACGUCAACAUAAAGGAAGAGACACUGGGGGCAGAGGAGACCGUGCGCCGUGAGGAUGAGCUUCUGCCCGAGCCCCGAAAUAUGUAUCACGACUUCUGGGUAAACGUCUCCAACUGUAAACCCGUGGAUAAGACGCAGCUGGCCUUGCAGUUUUGGGUGACUUUUGCUGACAAGCAGAUAGACCUAGGAGUGAUACUUGCUGUGGUGGCUGGGGCUGGAGUUCUCGUGACUAUUGGACUCACUGUGUGCUGCGUUAAGAAGAAGAAGAAGAAGAGCCAGGAUCCCAUGGUGGGAGUGUACAAUGCUAACGUGAAUACCCAGGUGCCUGGAAAACAAGGCUUAUUCACAAAAGGGAGGAAAAACAAUGAGUCUCAUGUCUAUGCAGUUAUUGAUGAUGCUAUGGUCUAUGGGCACUUGCUGAAGGAAUCCAAUGGCUCAGUCACUCCAGAAGUUGAUGUGUACAGGCCUUUCGAUGGACCCAUUGGUAGCUUGCCGCCUUCUCCACCUCCAUUCUCCUUCAGAAAAGACAUUAAGCACUCUCCUAACACUGAGGAACCUCCACCUCUGAUGGACACAGACCAUGACACUUACACAUUUGCUCAUCAGAAAUCACGGCAAUCGGAGGACAAUGGAGAUACAAACGAAAAGAAUAAUGGAGAUACGAGCACGUCCUUGCUGGAAAAUAAGGAACAGGAUGGUUUAGUGGAGUAA